AUGACGGGUCGCGAGUCCAAUCGCAUAAAGGAUGCUGAAAAAAAGCGUGUUUUGGAUAACACAGCGCGCCAAAGACGUGCCCGCAAAGCUUUGGAAGCCCUGGAGCAGGACAACUUCCAUGAUGACCCCCACGCUGACCUGGUCAUGUCAAAGAAGUUGCCGAAAUUCCAGGACAAUCUAAAGACCGGUAAGGAGAAGAAGAGCAAACGCAAGGGCGCCGAGUAUUUCCGGGCCAAGUAUCGCAAAAACUUCCAGCAGCUACUCGAGGAGGACAAGGACAAGCGGCCCAACUACGAGACCGUCUCGGCUCCGCCUCCUCAGAAGCCCAUCCGACAUUUUUGCGCCGUUUGCGGCAACUUCUCACUUUAUUCGUGCACCGCUUGCGGAACGCGGUACUGUCGAGUAAAGUGUCUCAAAACCCAUCAGGAUACCCGAUGCCUCAAGUGGACCGCCUGAAAAUGGUUGUAAUUUUAGCUAAUAAAUCAAAUCCUAGAAGUAACUGAA